AUGCAUAGGAACAGUUUUGGUGUGUCUGUGCUCGUGCAAGAAGCCCGAUAAAGCCUUCCCACUCCCCGAGCGGCGGCCUCCUCCCCCACCGCUCGCGCGACCGAAACCCUAGCCGCCGGCGAUGUCGGGCCCCUUCUACCCGUACAUCGGCGGCGGCUUCCCGGGCAGCGACGGCGCGCCGCCGCGGUACUCGGACUUCGAGGUCGACCUCAUCGCGGCCCGCUACACCGGGGCCCCGCCGCCCUACCUUUCCUCCGCGGACGUAGGCUAUUUCGACACGCACGUCGGCGCGAGGCGACCCGCGGAAGUUCUCUAUCAUCAAUCUUUUAUGGGAAGUCAUAGUACUGUUGGCCAGAGUGAGGCUUUAUAUUCGUCAAAUACUAUGGCCAAACGCCCUAGGCUUGAAAGCAGCAUUCCUAUAUAUCUACACCGACCGGGUGCAAAGGACUGUGCCUUCUAUAUGAGGACCAGAACCUGUAAGUAUGGAGAGACCUGCAAAUUUGACCAUCCACAAUGGGUUCCAGAGGGUGGGGUUCCAAAUUGGAAAGAGGUUCCGAAAGUUGAAUACUCUUAUCCUGAGCGACCAGGGCAACCAGAUUGUCCUUAUUUCACAAAGACUGGUAAAUAUAAGUUAAAUCCUAACUGCAAGUUCAACCAUCCAAAGGAAAAGGUGAAUGCAUUAGAGGCUGGAACAGACAAUGAACAAUCUCUAAUUGCUGACAGCGCUAUCUUACCAGUGAGGCCUUCUGAGCCACUUUGUUCAUUCUAUGCAAAAACAGGCAGAUGCAAAUUUGGUGCAAAAUGCAAGUUCAAUCAUCCAAAACAUAUUCAGAUAUCACCUUUGAGGGGAAAGGAUACCAUAUAUACAGCAACAAUUGAUGCAGCAGAUGGUUCAGUUCCAACAAAGACGCAUGCACCCCCUGCCCCCGCUGAGGCGCAUAACACUAAGGGGCUUCCUAUAAGACCAGGUGAAGUGGAUUGCACAUUUUAUAUGAAGACAGGCAGCUGCAUGUAUGGUUCUAUAUGUCGCUACAAUCAUCCUGAUCGUCCAGUUGUAGAUAUAGCAUUGACGACUCCAGUGCUUCAAAGUAUUCUUCCUACUCCAGGACCCCCUGUCCAUGAGACUGUGAUAAAUCUGGCUGCAAGUUUUCUGCAAAACUUUGAUGUUCAUGCGACUCAUGUGCCAGUUGAACCUGAGCCAAUCAUCUAUCCUCAGAGGCCUGGAGAAACUGUGUGUGAUUUUUACAUGAAGACAGGAUGUUGCAAGUAUUCUGAGAGAUGCAAAUUUCACCAUCCAAUUGACCGCUCUGUGCCUAAUCCCAAUGAAAGCUGGGACCCUCAGCAGACUGUGAAGCUUAGUCUUGCCGGUCUUCCAAUGAGAGAGGACGCCGAGGUCUGUGCCUUCUACAUGAAGUCUGGCACGUGCAAGUUUGGUGUGCACUGCAAGUUCGACCACCCUCCCCCCGUGGAGGCCAUCGCCAAGCGGCAGGCAGCCGGAAAGGAAGGGGGGAAAAGAAGGCCGAAGGACUGAGCAUCGUCCUGAGACAGGCCGUGAUGGCUCCUCCAAUCCCCUUCCUCGAAACGCUUAACACUUUGAGAAACGCACACACUGUCAGUUAACGGUGUAUGUCGUCGGUGGUCGUGGCGAGCGUCUGACCUGUAAAGUACGGUACCACUGCAAGAGUUUAACUGAGAGGUGCUGGUACUAACGCCUUAUUUUCGGUUGGUUUGCUCUAGAUGACAGCAAUCGUUUGAUACUUUCUAUUUA